CGCUGCUCGAGCGUUAACGUGUGAGUCGCCUCCCGACCCCCGGCGAGAGCGAAGCUUCGUCACGCUGUGCUGUCGUCCGCGUUUGUUUUGGCGAGAUUGUCACGGUGUGUCGCGAGCCUCUGUACCUACGAGCUUGCGGCUGUUAUCGAUCGAGAGUAGGAGGGGAGAGGAUACGUCAUGCUGUGGACCGAUUUUCUUCUCGAGAGCAGCUGAUUCGGGGAGUUGAGAGAGAAAGCUCGAUUGACGUGCUUGCACGCUGCAGGUGGGUCUAGCUCGAGAGAACAGACAGUCGAAUGAGCGUCGCUCUCGAGUCGAGGAAAAGGAAGGAGACGAUAAGAGCGACGUGUGCUGCUGCAGUAUAGAAGCGAAUGGCUGCUCCGCGGAGAUGACAGCGACUCGCAAGGGAGAAGGACGAGUGGGCGAUGAUAGUGCCAGUAGAGGAUAGCGCGAGGAGAAAGGAGCUGCGCCAUGUGGCUGAAGAACAAGUGGUCCCGACGGGGCGAGUGCCUGGGCCGGCCCCAGGGCCUCGUGCUCCUUCUGCUGCCGGGGCUGCUCGCGUUGACGCUCUACCUUCUCGCCGGCAGCGAGACCUACUACGACAGAUUUCAGUACCUCGCCAGCUUUCAUGGCUAUAGCGCACAGUCCGACGACACUUCCGACAGCGCGCGAGCUUCUCCGGAAUCGGGAGUGAUGCACCGCUUAUCGCGCGCGAGGAAGUGCGAUUAAAUGUUUUUCUGCUUUUCUGCGCAACAGUGUGGAUACGCUGCUAAUUUCUGUUUUCUCGCGCGUCCAAUAGCUCGAACGUAAAAUUAGCGAAAACGCGCUCUAGAAUUGUACAACUUCCGCAAACUUGAUGCCAAAAUUUUACGCAGAGGUGGUCGAGGGCUACCUCGUCUACAACGCGAAAUGCCACAUGCUGUCGAAGAACCCCCUGGAUCCGUCCAUAAUGAAGCUGGUCAAGCGGGAGAAGUUCGAGCCCUGCUCGUCCACGCCUCCGCUCACCGGCAUCUCCAGAGAGUCCAACGGCAGCGUCUAUCUAGUCGUUAAUCCCGCGAUGGCCAAGCAUCACAAGGAGCCCUACUGCUGCUGGGCCCCGAUCACCAGACCCACUACCGGCCCCGUUCUCACCUCCGACAAGGACUACGAUUCCAAAAUCAACAUCGGCGAGUGCGAGCCUCUCAAGGACCGGGUCCUCCUGCCCAAGAGCAUCGAAGUGGUGAAGGUCACCUGCACGAAAACCAAACCGACCAAGUCGCCCAAGUCCAAGGUCAAGGGCAAGCUCAAAUCGAGCCGCUCGCCGAGUCUGGUCUACGAGAACGUCCACGCGGUUCUGAACCCCGAGCGAGUGAGAGAGCGCCUGCAGAACGCGACGUCCGAAAUUAGAGGAAUUAAUAAUAGCACGCAGAUAACGUCGCCGCCGCCGCCGCCGCCGACGACGACGACGACUAAGCGCAACCAGCUGAGCGUGCUGAUGCUCGGAAUAGACAGCGUUUCGCGGCUGAACUUUCACCGAUCGAUGCCCGCCACAAGGGCCUACUUCGAGGACAGGGGCUGGUUCGAGCUCAGGGGCUACAACAAGAUGGGCGACAAUACCUUUCCGAACCUCAUGGCUUUUCUCACCGGGCAGAACCAGACUGUCGCCUACUCGGCUUGCAAGCCCAAGACGCCUUACGGUCUGGACAACUGCUCGCUGAUAUGGUACAACUUCAGGGACGCCGGCUACGUCACGGCCUACGGAGAGGAUCACGCGACCAUCAGUACUUUUAACUACCUCAAGGUCGGCUUCGUGGACCCGCCAACCGACUACUACUUACGGCCCUUCGUCAUCGCCUCGGAGAAGCACCUGAAGACGAAGCAGCGCUUCGGCGCCAAGUACUGCACCGGUCCCGAGCUCAACAUCGACCGGAUCUUCGACUACGCCGUGGACUUCGCCAAGAGUUUCCUCGGCAACCCCUACUUCGGCUUCUUCUGGACGAACGGCAUCAGCCACGAGAGCAUGAACGGCCCGUCCUCCAUCGACGCCCACUUCCUGGCCAAGCUCCAGAACCUCGAGAACUCGGGCGUCCUGAACGACAGCAUGAUCGUCGUGCUGAGCGAUCACGGGAUGCGCUACGGCGACAUCAGGAGCACCUUCGUCGGCUGGUACGAGGAGCGGCUGCCCUUCAUCUACGUCUGGCUGCCCGAGUGGUUCCGCGAGCAGGAGCCCGAGGCCUACGCCGCGAUGCGCGUCAACCAGAACCGGCUCACUUCGCCCUACGACCUCUACGAGACCCUCAGGGAUGUUCUCCAGCGAGCCGGUGGUCAGGCCGUUCCCAGCAGCGGCUGUCCCCAGUGUUCGUCCCUCUUCAAGCCUGCUCCCAAGGAUCGAGGUUGCAGCGAGGCCGGCGUCGCGCAGCACUGGUGCACCUGCACGGCCUUCCAACCUAGCGACCCGACCGAUAAGGUAGUGAUAGAGGGCGCUCAACGCUUCGUCGACCACAUGGACGACAUCGUCAAGCGCUACAAAUCCAAGAAGGGCGUGAGGCUCUGCGCGAAGCCCAGGUUGAAGCGGAUCCACAGAGUCAACCAGGUCGUCGACCUAGAACGGAACGCCGACGGAGUCGUGCUCGAGCUGUUUUACCUGCUGGAGGUAUCUCCGGGCGACGGCAAGUUCGAGACCACCAUCCGCUAUCACGGCCCCGGCAACUGGACCAUCCGCGACGAGGAAGUCAGCCGCAUCAACCUUUACGGGCACAGUGCCAAAUGCCUGGACGAAGGCUACAAACAGUAUUGCCACUGCACAAGUCUGGACGCGAUGAUGGGUGCGCUCAUGGACGUGGCGCGAGCCUGACUUCGGAGGCUCCUCGAGAGAACGCGGAGUUUUUGAGUAUUUGGAUGUAGGUGAUGCAGUAUAUAGAAGUUAGCGGUAGACUGUUAUGGGUGUUUUAUUUACAGUUCUUUGUUAUUUUGAUAGCGAUAUAGCGUGCACAAGUAGUAUCUUUUCUUACAUUAUUCGUUAAUUUCACGCAACUUGUACACUUACAACCUGCUGACGAAUUUUCCAGCGACGAACAAUAGCAGAAUCUAAUAGCUUCCUCAGAUGUGUAGUCUCUCUGUACCCGAAAUUAUCCACAGAAGCCAAGAUCUCAGCCAAGGAAAGACUCGUGCAUCCAAAUAGUCAGAACUCUUCAGAAAGUGAACUCUUUGUAUGAUUGUAUAUGUACCGCGAAUACCUACUACUUCUUCCAGUCCUGGGGGUAUUUUACACAAUGUAAUAGGACUGACCUUAUAACGCCGACUAUUAAAUUGUAAGCAUCUUUGUAAAUACGUGUAAAACGACCAGGGUCAGGAUGACCGCAGAAAGCAACGCUAGAUAGGAAAGUAAGUGACGAAGUUCACACUAUACGACGCGACGAAGAAAUGCCAAUGAGACAUUAUAGGUUUCUUACGCUUAAGUAUACAUACGACAUAACGAAAUGAGCUUAUAUUUUAUAAAAUGUUUUAAUAUACAUAAGCGAGACGCAUGACACAGACGUGGGCGUCAUUUGGUACUCUAUAAAAGUAUGAUUAUAUACAUUUAAGACCAAGUUUUUAUGUUGACUCCGUGUUACUAUGCUCAAGAAUAGUGUGUAUUAUAGGGCGCAUAAGGCUUGUAAGAUUUUUAGUCGAAAACUUUGUGUUCUUUACGUACGAAAUGAAAGUUUAUGAUGGUGCAAUGUAAUUGUUGUAUAUCGAGUAAGCAACUAGAGGUAUGAAAGAAUUCCUUCGUUUUGUAAACGUAAGUGAUAAAGACUUCCAGUUAUGCAUUAGUUAAAGUACUUCAGUAUUUUAAUAUACUUAUCAUAUCGUUGAUUAUUUUUCUAUUGCGAAAGUAUAACAAUUGUUACUCGUUACCAUAUUAUAAUUGUAAGCUUAAUUAAAUUUGAAGAAAACUUCUACUAGUUCAUUUAACGGUAUAUGCUGCGGUGAGCAAAUGUAAGUCAAACUACGAAAAGCGCAUAAUGUGUAAAUAGCCGUUUAUACAGCGUAUAAUAUACAUUGUUGAUAUAAAUUUUUAUAACAAGCCCAUAGGUGCGAGACGAUCGAACGUUUGUCAAAAUGUCUACUUUUCACGCCUGAGGUCACUAUAUAAAGAAUGUUGAAAUAAACUAUA